CAGCAAGCCACGUGAUAUCAGUUGGUCAGGAUGAAGAUACGUGUUGCUGAGUUGAUUGUGAUUCUAGAGCUCUGUGUUGUUCUAGUCCACUUUACUAAUGGAGAGGUUUCAUUAACAGGGCGCUCUGAAGCGCUGUAUGCUGUUAAUAAGGGAAGCUAUUGUAAUGUUACCGGAGUUUGGCGCAGUGACCAGGGCUCGCUGCUGCAUCUGCACGCCGUGGGCUCCAUUCUGAAAGGAUUUUAUAUGACGACGGUCGAGAGUUCACCUGGGGCUGCAGGAUCCCAUGGGGAGGCCGGUUUGACGGGGUUCGUCAGCGAGGGGGCGCAGUCCACCGUCACAUUCUCGGUGUUGUGGGAGCAGGGCUCCUGCACUUCAUGGGUGGGCCAGUGCUUCACUAUGCCGAAUGGAGAGCGAGUGUUGAAAACCCACUGGAUGUUGCGCUCCGUUGCAAAAAAUCCCGCAGAAAACUGGAUGAGCACCAGGUUUGGUGAAGACAAUUUUACAUUUGUUCCUGUUAAUGAAAAAUAAAGACACUGAACCUGCUCUUCACGUGCCAUGCCUGGUGACUCCUUUUCCCUUAUCAGGCCAUUGGACAUUAAAUGAACAACUGAUCUUUAGUACCUCCAAGCAUACUCCUGAGACUCUGAGUGCUGAGCCAGGUGUUGUGAUAACAUGGGGAAGAGCAGGAAGCCGCUGAAGGUAUCAAGGUUGUGCUCGUCAUCAAAGAGCUGGUAGUAGGUCUGCAGGCGCAGGUAGACCGUGUCUCCCUAUUCCAGCUCCAGAGUGGCCCCCGCUGGAAUAGGGCUGGAGGUCUUGCUCACCACCUGCUCCGAGUUCUUGUAGAAGAUGGAGCCACGGCUGUACCUGCCCUGGUCGCUAGUCACCAUGAACUGGAAGAAGUAGAUGCGCUUCACCGGCGCAGUGAGAAUAACUGUGUACUACAAGUGAAGAAGAGCAGAGAAAUGAACACAUAAGGACUUGCACAAGAAAUUGAACACCUUGUGAGUCACAGAAAUGAAAAGGGGAAAAAACACAAUAGCUGUGUGUGGUGAGCUGCUCUGUUACAGCAAACUAAAGGUAUAAAAGCACAGAACUGGGAGGGUGUAUCUCUGUGUUUUAGCUAUUGCCAGUGUUUGCUAUGACCUUGUUAUGCAGGAGUAUUGUCACGAAGAGUCCCAGUUGUCCUGAAAUACCCAAAGCCGCU